AUGCGUGAAAGAUUAGCCAAGAAUUUAGUCGAAAAGGGAGUUUUGACAACAGAAAAACAAAACUUUUUGCUCUUUGAUAUGACUACACAUCCGCUCAAUGAUUCAGGAAUUAAAGCGAAAUUGAUUAAAGUUUCUUUUAAUACUUUGUUUUUCAUCUACCAAUUUUUAUUGAAAAUCAGAUUCUGGUGGUUUUUGAAUUUUUUGGGUUAG